CAUAUAACCGCUCAGCUCCGCCACGCCAGAAUCUGAGCGCCAGAGCCUGCCGCUGCGAGGAACAACUGGUUGCUUGCUUCUAGAAGACGGGGGAGCUGGGGAGCUGAUCCGAGGCUCCGAGUGAAAGUCGUCCCUGCGGACACCGAGGGUCUGCCCUCCGCGCGCUUGGAUUCCUACAGCCCCCCAGGCCCUAGAGCCCCGCCCCCACAGGCGCCGAGCCAUGGCCUCGAUGGGGCUGCAGGUGAUGGGCAUCGCGCUGGCCGUGCUGGGCUGGCUGGGUGCUAUCCUGAGCUGCGCGCUGCCCAUGUGGCGGGUGACGGCCUUCAUCGGCAGCAACAUCGUCACGUCCCAGACCAUCUGGGAGGGCCUGUGGAUGAACUGCGUGGUGCAGAGCACCGGCCAGAUGCAGUGCAAGGUGUACGACUCGCUGCUGGCGCUGCCCCAGGACCUGCAGGCGGCCCGCGCCCUCAUGGUCGUGUCCAUCCUGCUGGCCGUGCUGGGCGUGCUGCUGUCCGUGGUGGGGGGCAAGUGCACCAACUGCGUGGAGGACGAGAGUGCCAAGGCCAAGACCAUGAUCGUGGCGGGCGUGGUGUUCCUGCUGGCCGGCCUGCUGGUCUUGGUGCCGGCGUCCUGGACGGCCAACACCAUCAUCCGGGACUUCUACAACCCGCUGGUGGCCUCGGGCCAGAAGCGGGAGAUGGGCGCCUCUCUCUACAUCGGCUGGGCCGCCUCAGGGCUGCUGCUGCUGGGGGGGGCCCUCCUUUGCUGCAACUGCCCCCCGCGCGCUGACAAGCCCUACUCGGCCAAGUACUCCGCCGCCCGCUCCGCCCCAGCCAGCAACUACGUGUAAGGUGCCCGCUACUCAGCACUGUCCCGCCAGCUUUGUCCCUCCGGGACUGAAGGUGCGGCCUGAGCCCAGGACGGGGCUGCAGGCGGCCUGGGGUUGGGCAGGCGGGGGACUGAGCCAGGCCACCGGCCGGCAACAACUCAACCCGCUCUGGCCCCCUGGGACACCGAACCCAAGCCGCCCCCCCCAUGCCAGCAAGGAUGGACAGAAAGACUCUGCACCUCCCUCCGCUAAAGGGCCUGUGGACAUGGGAGAGGAGGCGGGAAGUCCCAGGGUGUGGCGGGCUGGGGGGAGCUGACUCCUGCUGGUCAGGACAGCUCAGCCCUGAAUUCGCUUGGGCUCUGCCUCCGAGUGGGUGCCCUGCCCAUUCCUGUGUUGUCCAGGAGAACAGCUCGGGCCUCGCUCAGCCACCUGACUGUGGAGCCAGAGGUGACACAGAGUUGACAGACGGGUUUGGAGGGGAGGGUUGAAGGUGCUGCAAACUGGUUUGGGUAGUGGUGGGGAGGAGGCCAUGGAGGCUGCCCAGGCGGCCCACACCCCUUCCUGUCCCCACCCGAUGGCCUCAGGGCUCUGCCUCAGCAGCCCCCGCAGCAGGACCCCAGGACUCUUCUGACUUGCGACAUCUGCCACUGCUGCCAAGGUCCCUGGACAUCCUGGGGACAGCCAGGAAGGGGGGAUGGUCUCUUUCUGGCCUGCACUCCCAGGAAGUCCUGGGCCUUUUUCCUGCCUCCUCUGUGGUUUCUGUUUUGUAACUGAAGGAGGUCUAUUUGUCAUGGUCAUUACUGUUAUUUUCUACAAUAAAUGGGAACCGUGCACAGGAAGACCAUACGGUUUCUGAUUUCAGCCCUGAAGGUGGGCAGGGGCGAGGUCAGCAAGGAGCAGGACCACUGUGAUGUGGCUGCAACAAGAACGCUUAAACUGGUUUUGAGGAAUUGGGACAAAUCAGAGCUGGCCCUCAGCUCUGGAGUGACCUUGCUCAAAGCCCUUCAUUUGUUAGAAGGUAAAGCCAUACGUAGGAGACACAACUGUGUGCCCAGCACCGUGGUGAAGGGUUGGGGACCCCAGGGGAGUGGGCCACCUGCCCUCUCCCCUUCUUUGUCCCUGCUUUGUCUGGGAAGCCAGGCUGGUCCGCUCGCCCUCCAGGUCCCCUGUCCUGGCCUUGGCCGGGGCUGUCCCUGUUGUGGGUCUGGAAUGUCCUUUCCCCUUUCCCCAGCCCUCUGAAUCCUGCUCAUUCUGAAGGCCCGGCUCCAAGGCUCCUUCCUAAUGAGCCUCUAAGACACACCGGGCUUCCUGACUCUCUAAAAAGUCAAGAUGAAGAACGGGAGUCCUGGAUACGUGAAAGUAUUCAGUCAAGGCCAGGGGCAUGAGCACGGGUCUCCUGGUCCUUCAGUUAGGGUGGGAGGACCCGCCAUGAUGGCAGGAGUCACAAGGUCACAUCUGCGAUCCCAUCAUGCCUGGCUCAGGGAAGGCUUGGGGUGGGAGCCCCCUCUGUU